AUGUGGCCCUUGUUUAAGGAUAGCUCCAGCUUUCAAUGCUCUGAGUAACAAAUAUCCCCAGGCAACCUUUUUGGAAGUAGAUGUGCAUCAGUGCCAGGGAACAGCUGCUACCAAUAAUAUAUCAGCAACACCCACAUUUCUGUUUUUCCGAAACAAAGUGCGAAUCGACCAAUACCAAGGAGCAGAUGCUGUGGGGUUAGAAGAAAAAAUUAAACAGCACCUGGAAAAUGAUCCUGGAAACAGUGAAGAUACAGAUAUUCCCAAAGGAUAUAUGGAUUUAAUGCCAUUUAUCAAUAAAGCUGGCUGUGAAUGUCUUAAUGAGAGUGAUGAGCACGGAUUUGAUAAUUGUUUACGAAAAGACUCAACCUACUUAGAAUCAGACUGUGAUGAGCAGCUGCUUAUUACUGUAGCUUUUAGUCAACCUGUCAAGCUUUAUUCAAUGAAACUUCAGGGGCCAGAUAAUGGGCAAGGUCCAAAGUACAUAAAAAUCUUCAUCAAUCUUCCUCGAUCGAUGGAUUUUGAAGAAGCAGAAAGAAGUGAACCAACUCAAGCCCUGGAGCUGACACCAGAUGAUAUUAAAGAAGAUGGUAUUGUCCAGCUUCGCUAUGUAAAAUUUCAGAAUGUUAACAGUGUAACUUUGUUUGUCCAGUCCAAUCAUGGUGAUGAAGAGACAACAAGAAUUACAUACUUCACGUUUAUUGGAACUCCAGUCCAAGCAACAAACAUGAAUGACUUCAAGCGAGUAGUUGGCAAAAAAGGAGAGAGCCACUAGGACACAAGAGACACUGGAAGGCCUUACUGCAAUCAAAGAGAUCUUCACUUUUAUCUACAACUCCUGGAUAAUUGCUUGACCAUAACCAGAGACUGUCAAUCUGUUUCAUUUCAUGCCAUUACCAAUAAAUCAUUGCUUU